GGGCCUCGGUGCUCCGCUUACUCUGGCCCACCUCGUCCCCGCCGGCCCGGUGGCGGAGGCGAAGCGCAGUUACCCUCGGAACCUUGGAUCAUGUCGCUGCGAGUGGUAAGGAGUGUGCGGGCUGUGGCCUGCAGCCUGCGCAUCGCCCUGGCCUCCUGCCCGCCAAGGCCCUGGGCGCCGAGCGCUGCCGCUGUCCGCUCGCUGCGCACCGGAUCUGCUUUGCUCUCGGUGCGUAAAUUCACAGAGAAGCACGAAUGGGUAACAGCAAAGGAUGGUAUUGGAACAGUGGGAAUCAGCAACUUUGCACAGGAAGCUUUGGGAGAUGUUGUUUACUGCAGUCUGCCUGAAGUUGGGACAAAACUGAAAAAACAAGAGGAGUUUGGUGCUUUGGAAAGCGUGAAGGCUGCCAGUGAACUCUACUCUCCUCUGUCAGGAGAAGUAACUGAAGUCAAUGAAGCACUUGCCGAAAACCCAGGGCUUGUCAACAAAUCAUGUUACGAAGACGGUUGGCUGAUCAAGAUGACACUGAGUGACCCUUCUGAGCUGGAUGAAUUAAUGAGUGAAGAAGCGUAUGAGAAAUAUGUGAAGUCCAUUGAGGAGUGACCAUGGCUUCCACAUAGAACUGGGACGUGCCCUGUUCCAGCAUGCUUGUCUUAAACUAGUGGAGAAUAGAGGACUUGACAUAACUUAGCAAUAGUGAAGGAAAGGAACUCUUCUUGACAGUGCUACUUAAGGCCCACCCCCAACUUCCUAAUGGAUGCAGAUAAACACAGUGUACAGAUUUUUGAUAAUCACCGUAAUAAGUAUUUAGACUAGGGGUUAAGCUCUGGUUUUUAGAAUUCUUAAGAUCAUCUGUGGUGAAAAGUAGUUAUGAAGCUGGGCUUGGUGACAGACCACCAUGGGAUCCCAGCACUCAACAGGCAGAUGUUAGUUCAAGGUCGGUCUACAUAGCAAGUUCCAGACCAGCCACAGUUACAAGGUGGGAUGCUACCUACUGGUUAUGGGAAUUUCAUAAUUCAGGAUAACAGUGGUGUAUCUUACGUACUUUUGUGACUUGCCCAUAUCCACCACUGGAUUUUGGUCCGAGACUUCGUGUCUUCUCCUUGGAAAUGCUGGGCCUGUGGGGAGGUGUUGUGCAGUGUCAGAUGCAGGAGAUUCCCGUCUUUGUCUCGUCUUGUGCUGUUCUCCCACGGUGAAGCACUGGCUUUGCAACACUGAGAAAUAAAUAAAACACUCAUGUCCUUGUU